CCCGAGUUCAUGUGUGGAGGAACUGUUAUCAAUGAAAAAUAUAUUUUGACAGCUGCGCACUGUAUUGUCAACAUGACUUAUCCAUUGUUGGGAGCGAGAGUGGGAGAGUACGAUAUUCUGACGAAAGUGGACUGUGUGGAGGAUCCAAAAGGUACCAAGAAGUGCAUUGGCCCAGUGCAAAAUAUAGCAAUAGAAGAGAUUAUACCACAUCCAAAGUACCAAAGGGAGGUUAUUCAGAAUGAUAUUGGCCUCCUAAGACUAUCUGGAAUCAAUCUUCAAACUGAUAACGUCAAACCUGUUUGUUUACCUGUGGAUGAAGAAUUGGCCAAUGCUCAAUUCAAAUUUGCCACUGUCACCGGUUGGGGAAUCACUGACCCCAAAACAGGUUCCCUNGUUACUCAGAAAAACUGCAGUAACGCCUAUAAAGACGAAUCGAAUGUUCAGAUAACAAAUAAAUUGAUCUGUGCAGGAGGUCGUGAAAAUAAAGAUUCUUGUAAAGGAGACAGUGGAGGACCUCUGCAAGUUGCAGCGUAUGCCAACGGUGCGAUUAGGUAUAUACAGCAAGGAGUUGUCUCAUUUGGUCACUCUGAAUGUGGAAAAGAAGGUUAUCCAGCAGUGUUCACCAAAGUUUCGUUUUAUUUGGACUGGAUUUUAGAUUCAAUUAGACCCUAAUGAAUAUUUGUUGUUUUGACUGAUUUCAUAUUUAUUUAUUCUGUAAUGUUGGUAUAUGUUGAAUGCAUGAAAAAAUAUUGUUCGAUGUUUUAUAUAAUAUUAUAGUUGCAUCCUGUAAUACAAUUAAAAAUGGAAAAUGAUAAGUUCCUCAAUGAAA